UCGGACUGAUCGUUAUCACACAUCUUAUCACAUGGAUUAUGCUUUUUUCGCUGCUUUUUGUUUGUUUUUGCCUUAGAGGAAACUUUCUCAGCAACUGUUUUCAAGUGGACUGCUCUCUAGUGUCAGAGCCAUGAUUUGCUUGCUAAGAUGGACUGCUUUCCUUUGGACUGUAAAUUCCAUCCCUUGCACUUUUGGAAUGGCAGUGAAUGAACGAACAGAUGGCUCAUGCCCCUCUCUGAAUGUAGAGGAUCGCAGGUUUUCUGACAUUUUAGAUCGUCCCCUGGAAAUCACAGGAUUUGAUCUCACAGAGAAGUUUCUUCUCCGAAAGGGAACAAUUACAGAAGACCUGUCUUCAUUUCGUUUGGGAAGCAGUCCACUCAUUAAGCCAACAAAAUCAGUAUUUCCAAACGGGCUUUCAAGUGAAUACUCCCUUGUCACCAUCUUCCGAGUAAGAAAAACUACAAAAAAAGACCGCUGGUAUCUUUGGCAGAUAUUCGACCAGUCAGGAGGCACUCAGGUUUCUGUUGUGGUCGAUGGUGGCAAGAAGGUUGUGGAGUUUUCUUCCCAGGGACUGCUAAAGAACACUCUACGCUACACAUUUAAGAGCCGUGACCUACAUGCCCUUUUUGAUCGCCAGUGGCACAAGCUGAGCAUUUCUGUACAGAGCAACAUAGUCUCCAUUUACAUGGACUGCAAGCUAAUAGAAAGGAGACUGACAGAUGAGAAAGACAGCAUUGACCCCACUGGGCGCACACUCAUCACUACACGAAUGGAGGAUGGACGGCCUGUAGAUAUUGAGCUGAAACAAAUUCUAAUCUACUGUGACCCUUAUAUGGCUGAGAUGGAAAAUUGCUGUGAGAUUCUGGAGCCAAAGUGUGAAGCCAAGAAGACAUUUAAUGGGACUUCCCCUCCCCUGGUUACAGCCCAGCUUCCACAGAUGCUGUCUCAGCCAGCCCCAAAGUCAAUUGACAGAUGUCACUGUCCAGCUGAAAAGGGAGAUGCUGGUCUGCCGGGACAAAAAGGGGACAGAGGAGACAAGGGGGACACAGGGGAGGCCGGGAUUCAAGGAAAUCCAGGACAUAAGGGGGAACUUGGAUCAGAAGGGCAAAAGGGAAUCGAUGGGGAGAAGGGUGAUGUAGGUCUGCCUGGAGCCCCGGGGCAGCCUGCUGACAACGAAUGUCUUAAAGGAGAUCAGGGCCCCCAAGGUGACAAAGGAGAGAAGGGAUUGGCUGGGGUCCCAGGUCAGCCAGGGGAACCAGGCAAAGAGGGCAAAAGGGGACGGAGGGGAAAGACUGGGGAGCCCGGACUCAGAGGCCUGCCUGGUCCCCCAGGAACCUCAGAAGGAGCAAAUAUCAAGAGGCAGAAGGGUGAGCCCGGAGUCCCUGGAGUGAAAGGAGAGAAAGGAGACACUGGUCAGCCAGGUGCCGAGGGGGCCAGUGGGAUGAAAGGACAAAAAGGUGACAUUGGCCCUCCUGGUCCUCCUGGUUCUGUGAUGACAGCUCAUGGAUUAAGACAACUCUCUGGAACUGAUGAAAUGAGGGAGAAGAGCCAGAAGGGAGAAAAGGGGGAUAUGGGGGAGAAAGGAUCUCAAGGACUGCAAGGCCUCAAGGGAAACACUGGCCCGCCAGGUCUAAAGGGAGAUCAAGGACUAGAGGGGAAGCAAGGCCUGCCUGGACCCACUGGACUCUCAGGCGAGCCAGGCUCGCCAGGGAAGCCAGGAGUGCCUGGGAGAGAUGGCCUGAAAGGAGAGAAGGGGGACUCAGGUGGAGUGAUGGGGCCACAGGGACCCAAGGGUGAGCCUGGAGAGCCUGGCGGUGGAUAUUUGGGUGAUGGGUUGCCUCUAUCUAGAGGGUCUCGUGGGCCCAAGGGUGAAAGAGGUGUCCCAGGACUACCGGGAGAUCAUGGUGAAAAAGGUGAACCUGGGGAGAGUGUCACAGGAGCACCUGGCCCCAUGGGACCCCCAGGAAAGCCGGGAAUUGAGGGACCCCCAGGUUUAUCUGGCCCCCCUGGAGCUCCAGGAAGAGAGGGUUCCCCUGGCAGACCAGGCCCCCCAGGCCCUACUGGACCCCCAGGUGAACCAACUGCCCUGCCAAUUGUUGGAGACAUGGGUGCUUUACUUAAGAAUGCCUGCAGUGUGUGCCAGAUGAGAGUCCCGGGGCUGCCAGGGCAGAAGGGAGAGAAGGGGUCCCCCGGAGAGCAGGGAGUAGAAGGCAUGGUGGGAGAAAAGGGGGAUCCAGGUGUAAGAGGCCCUAUGGGUAAUCCUGGGAAAGAAGGCCCAAAGGGAGUAAAAGGAGAGAGAGGGUUCCCAGGCCCUAUAGGAGAUAAAGGCGAUGAGGGGCCUCAUGGAGUACCAGGACUUCCAGGUGUGGCCGGUCGCACAGGGGCCCCGGGGCUUAUGGGUAGACCCGGUCCAAUGGGCCAACAAGGAUCUAAAGGAGAAAAAGGGAAUGAAGGCCCUGCAGGCAGACCAGGACUUCCAGGGCCUCCGGGUGUACCCUAUGUGGAGGGCAAUGGGAUGAGCAGUCUGUACAAGCUCCAGAGUGGUGGAGCUAUUUUAGGACCCCCGGGAGCUCCUGGUGCUCCGGGUCCCAAAGGAGAUGAAGGACUUGCAGGGGAACCAGGGGCCAUGGGAUUACCAGGGCUUGAAGGGCUGCCUGGUGCCAAGGGUGAUAUUGGUUUGCCUGGUCCACCUGGGAUACCAGGUCCUCCAGGGAAGCCCGGCGCUCGUGGAGAGCCAGGGAUCCCAGGAGAGCCGGGUGAGAGGGGGCCGCUCGGAGAGACAGGAUUCCCGGGGCCCGAGGGACCCCAAGGUGUUCCUGGGAGACCUGGAAAAGAUGGAACUCCUGGAUACACGGGAGCUACAGGUAGACCAGGGGACAGAGGAUCCAAAGGUGAACGUGGUGACCCUGGAAUUCCUGGAGAAAGAGGUGUUCAGGGCGAGAGAGGACGCACGGGGGAUUCUGGCCCAAUUGGACAGAUCGGACCAAAGGGCCAAAAAGGUGAACCUGGCCUUCAAGGACAGUUAGGGAGUGAAGGCUUCCUGGAUGAUUCCAGCUUCAUGGAAGAACUCAAAAUGUUUAUCAAAAAUGAAGUAUUGAGGAUCUUUGAAGAAAAGCUAUCAAGCGUUGCCAUGCAGCAGAAGACACCUGCAGGCAUCUUAGCUUCGCAAGUCCAAGGUCCUCCAGGACCUCGUGGCAAGGACGGAUUACCAGGCCCGCCAGGAGAGCCUGGACCUCCUGGUCCUCAAGGAUACAGGGGUCAGAAAGGAGAACGAGGCCAGCUUGGUCUGGGGUUACCAGGUGAUCCAGGACCCAUUGGGCCACCAGGCCCUCCUGGGAUCACUUCUUCUCAGGGCCUUCCUGGCUCUCCGGGGCCCCGCGGACCUCCCGGGACAUGUGACCCCAGUGACUGUCUUCUUCCAUCCUUAUGAACCCCAGCAGAGCGGUUUAAGCUGGCGCGAUGACGGCCGUCCAGCUCCGAGCUCAGUACUGCAGCCAGACACGAUACAGAACAGGAGAGAGAUGGCCUCACUGUAUCUGACAGCUUCCUCCGCUCUGGUUUAUCAAACACACUCACAACUGACCUCUUUUGUUCGAUUCACUAUAACAUUUGGAUGCAGUAGGGGCUUUUUUUCUAGGAUUGCUAUUGGGUUUGUUUUGAAUGUGAUAGAAAACCUUUGAGUUGUUUGUUUUUGUUUUUUUGUUGUUGUUUUUUUUUGCAUUGCUUUACUUUUAAGUUAUUUCUUGAUUUCACAUCCCCUACUGUGAUGUAAUGCAUUCCUUGUCAGCUCUCAUUAUGUCUUUCAAGACCAUGAAAUGACUUUGUUUUUCAUCAAGUGCAGUGCUGUCUGAAAACAUGAUCUUAAUUAUUUGUUUGCCUCCUCGAUGGGCAUGCCUAUGCACUCUUCUGUUCUUAUUCAGAUAAGCCAUUGUGCUGGCAGAAGGUACAUCUCAUGCGUGCGUGUGUGUGUGUGUAUGUGUGUGAGAGACAGAGAUUAACUGAGUGAAUGUACUUGUUUUAUGUGUGGGUGUGAGAGAAUAGGAUUUUUGAAACUCCUUUUGCAACCAAAGUGCAGCCGAUGUGUCUGAUAUAGAAAUUAUUUAUUUUAAGAAUGUAUUUAAAAGAUGGUACUAAUAAUUGUAGUAAAUGUAGCAUGGACAUUGAGUAAUAUUACUACUAGAAGGUGGAUUCACACAUUUCUGGAUUAUUAAUAGUUUUUUUAAACGAUUACUCAUGACAGAUCUGCAUUGUGCAUGAUAAUCAUUUUUUUUAAAGAAUCUCUGGUAUAAUCAUAAUUAAAGAUGUCUUCCAUUUUCUUUAGGUUAUGCAUUGAUACAUGACUGCUCAUCAGUGAGGUUUUCCGUAGCUUUUAUAAUAGAAAAACCUACAACUCAUACUGUAAAACACACACACAUCAAGGGCAGAUUUCUACACAUGAAAAGAAUGUACUUUAACUGUUGUUUAUGUUUAACGACUGUGACGUGACCUCACAUUUAACUUUACUGUUAAUUAAUCUGUUAAUAAGUUAAACGAGUGACUGUUUUUUUUCUUUUUUCCCUGUCUAAUGGGGCUUGUAAUGGGACCUGACAAUAUAAUUACAUAAGCAAGUUAUAUCAUUGUAAUGAUGUAUUAAGGUUCUCACUUUUGUUAUUGAUCAUACAUCGUUUGCAAAUGUUGGAUUUUUUUUUGUGUCUGAGGUGAUUUAUUAAUAUUUAUUGUUUACAUGGUGUGGUGUAUGAUGAUUCCUCUGCAUGGUUUAUAUGUAUAUUUUUGAUUUCCAGCCACACAAAGGUAAUCAGAAUACUACACUGCAAUGUCAGACAUUUUGUUUUGGUGAAACACUGUACUCAGAAAUCUACUUGAACUUUCUUUUUGUUUAUUUAACAGUAACUUCCUGGUUUUUCUCUUUCACUGACCAGCACUGUGUGUCACUAUGUAUCAUUGAGUUUUGGGUGCCGUAAGACUGGAGUUUUGAUUUAGUUGAAGGUUUUGAGUCAACUUUACCUAAACAGGCCAUAUGAUUUAUCUUUAAAUCUGAAAAGAUAAAAAGAUAAGAGAUAAUAUGUUAUUCAUUAAAAUAACUCUUAAAUUUGGAUUUAAAUUAAUACCUUAUUUGAAGAUUUUAAAGGAAAACCCCAAUUUGUUCAUUGAACCAUAGCCUAAAUUUUUUAAUAACUCAAAACAAUAAAGUAAAUCUAAGUUUUAUAUAAAUAGAUAAUUGGCCUGUAUUACUUUCCUCAAGCUUUUCAUUUUGAGUGCUGUUUAAUAGAGUUGGACUCAAAGGCUUUAAUUUUACUUUUAAGUGUCCUGCUGUGGUUAAUGUUUGAAAAGCUAUGUGGGUGUAUCUGAAAUUUUCUAACUAAGAAUUCAAUUCUGUCUGUAUUUCAUCCUUCAGAUCUGUUUGACACUUUUUUACUUCAUGUCUCACAUCACAGAAAGUCAUCAUGCUUCUCUUACACAUGUAAAUUAUAACUUACAUCUCACCCUGAAGUUACAGAGGACUUUUUUUUUUUUUUGUAUUUUCUCUCAGCAUGCCGGCUUGGUUUUUUAUCUCUUCUCAAUUUUAUCAGUGUGAGUGGGUUUAGAGGGGUAUUAAGGUGCCACUGACUUCAUUUGUGAGUUGAAAGAGCCCCCUGCUGGACAUGUUUUUUUUUUUUUCUUAUUGCUUGUAAUGUGAAUGAAAAACAAUCUUUCUUUGGGUUAUAGGCUACAUAAAACCCCUCCCUCUAUUGGCUUC